UGCAUGAUAGUAACAAUUAUCAGUUUAUUGUUAGAUCUGGAUCAACUGAGUACCUAACUGAAAUUAAAAUGCAUUUCCUACUAGUGCUGCUAUUGUCGGCUUCAGUCUUUGCUGAAACAAAAAGACUAACCGUGGAAGAAGCCGUGGCUAAAGUUAAUCAACCACCGGUUGCUGUACAAGAAUUUAUUGCUAGAAAAACAAAUAGUGCAAAUUUUAAAAAUUCUCAAAAUGAGAGGCAGAAUAGAAGUAGAAUCGUUGGAGGCACUGUCGCCGCAAUAUGGGAUUAUCCAUAUCAGGUCGCACUACUUUUCCGAUCCUAUCAGAUUUGUGGCGGCUCGAUUAUUGCUCGUUCAUGGGCUCUCACGGCAGCUCAUUGCCUUUCUUGGUAUCCCUCAAAUUACGAUAUUACCAUCCGUUCCGGUAGUUCGUCACGGUCAAGAGGAGGAAUCGUUCAUUCCAUAAACUAUUACCGCAUCCAUGAGCUGUACGAUCCGGAUGUUUUAUCACACGAUGUGGCCACUGUUCGAGUGAAAUUACCAUUUAUUGGAUUUUCACAAGCCAUCAUCCCAUUGGCAAGUUCGGAAUGGGUCGAAGGAGCGGAUGUGAUAGUCACUGGCUGGGGUUUGAAUGCUGUAGGUGAAACUGUGGAUAAAUUGUUGAAGGUGGCAUUACCAGUUGUUAAUCGGGCUGAUUGCAUCGGUCUGUGGGGCGAAUCGGUGAAAGAUGAUAUGCUUUGCGCUGGUAAAGAAAACAAUAACCCAUGCAAAGGCGAUAGUGGCGGACCAGCCGUACAAGGAGAUGUACAGUAUGGGAUUGUGUCCUGGGGAUCGUACUAUUGUGGAGGUGGACUGCCUUCAGUAUAUACGUACGUAGCCCAUCCGUCAAUUCGGAAAUUUAUUCGAGAUACGGCAGGUGUUUGAGAAGCUGUGAAAUCGAGGUGUAUUGGAAAUAAUCGGAAGGGCUAGAAAUACAGAAAGAUAUUUCAUUGA